CAAAAACAGAUGAGACUGAAACCAAUAUUCGGCUUCUGCCGGACACAUAGAAAACGAGAAAGAAAAAAAAACCGAGAGAGAGAAUAGGGGAAGAAGGGAUAGAGGAAGAAAUUCGGAAUAAGGAAUAAAUGGGGAGAGAGAGGAAGAAGCAGAAGACGGAGUGGGACGGAAGGAAGAGGAGAUGCAGAGGAAAGAAAGGAAAAGAAGCAUGAAAAGAGGAAGAGGAUUGGAUUUUUGGGCGUCUACAAUAAUUUACAAGAGGGGUGAAAGAUUGGGGCAUGGUUCAGAUAUACAUGCAAUUGAGAUUGUUGGGUAUCUGAAAGUAGGCAACUUUGUUUCUAGGGAACUUCAAAGGUGCCCUAUUGCUUCGUUUGAUUUGGGUCGUCAAGUAUCGAAUAAGUUAUUGUUUCAUUGCAAUUUAAGCCACAGCCUUAUUAAAGGAAAAAUCAAGCACUCGCAUAUAUCUUUGUGCAAGAUGGAAACUCCUUGAUUUUAACUAAAAUUGUUAAAUUUUUUGAUGUGGUUUUUGUGUGCAGGACUCUUAUGAGGAUCUGUUUAAAGAGCUGAGCAAGUAUAGACUGAUCAUUCUCAGGCUAGAAUUAUAAUUAAAGAGUUGGUCUGUUGGUGUAUGAAAAGCAAUUGGAUAGGCAAGACAGUUUCAGACCAAGUCGAAUCAAAGCUGCUGUUCAGUUGGUUAAGGAUGAGCUAGAAGCUGAAAGAAAGUUGAGAAAGCAUUCAGCCGCACUUCUGCACGCGCGUGAGCCCGUGCGUGAAGGCUAGUUAGUUGAAAACUAGGUGUACUUUAAGGGGUUGAUUAAUAGAAAAAGACUUUCAUUGGUCGCC